AUGUUUUAUUACAAUGAAGAGGUUUAUUUCGUGACGAUGAAUAUGACCGUCAUCGAGUAUGAAAUAGAGCCACCACCAAAAAAGCGAGAUCUUCUAUUUGAGUUUGUUGGAUCAAAUGCGAUGCUCUUUGGAAUUCUAAUCGGACUCUCCUUCGUGACCAUGACAGCGAUUAUUUCUUUGACGGUUUGGAACUACAGGAAAGAAAAGCGAAAAAUCAGAAGUCGUCAACUUAUUACUUCUGAAAAUACGACGAUCAAUACUAUUUCCGAAUAA